UUUUGGCGGCAACGAGUUUUGGAAAAUAAUGUUUAUUUAAAAUAAAACGCAGUUUGAGGACCGGCCCAGGAAUGACACAGGAAAGCGCGGUGCACGAGGCGCUGAAAAGGCACUUCGGCCACUCGAAAUUCAAGUCGGAGCUGCAGGAGAGGGCCGUGAGGUGCGCCGUCAAAAAAAAGCAGGAUGUGUAUGUGUCGAUGCCCACGGGCUCGGGGAAGUCCCUGUGCUUCCAGUUGCCCGGCCUGAUGUCCGAGAACCAAAUAACCAUCGUUUUCUCGCCCCUUCUGGCCUUGAUCAAGGAUCAGAUCGAUCAUCUGACCAAGCUAAAGGUGCCUGCGGACUCACUCAACUCGAAGAUGAGCACCAAGGAGAGGGAUCGCGUCAUCAUGGAUCUGCGGGCCGUGAAAACGAGCCUGAGGUUUCUGUACAUCACCCCGGAGCAGGCGGCCACCAAGUUCUUCCAGGAACUGCUGCAAACCCUGCAUAGGCACAAGAAGCUGGCCUACUUUGCGGUGGACGAGGCCCACUGUGUCAGCCAGUGGGGCCAUGACUUCAGGCCGGACUACCUUAAGCUGGGCGAGCUGCGUUCCAAGUACCCGGACGUCACCUGGCUGGCCUUGACGGCCACAGCCUCCAGGGAGGUCAAGGAGGACAUAUACAAGCAGCUGCAUCUCCACCAGCCUGUGGCCCAAUUCAGCACUCCCAGCUUCAGGAAGAACCUCUUCUACGACAUUGUGUACAAGAACUCCAUUGAGGAUGACUUCCAGCACCUGGCUGACUUCGCCAGACAUUGUCUGGGCGAUCCCAAGGAGUUCAAGGAGCAACCCAAGCCCCAGAGAGGCUGUGGAAUCGUUUACUGCCGAACUCGCGACCAGGUGGAACGAAUGGCCAUUGGAGUUAGCAAACAGGGAAUCGGAGCAGUGGCCUAUCAUGCUGGCCUGAAGACAGGGGAACGCACCGAAGUGCAAGAGGCCUGGAUGCGGGGCGAUCAGCCAAUUAUAUGCGCCACCAACAGCUUCGGCAUGGGUGUGGACAAGCCGAGUGUGCGGUUUGUGAUCCACUGGGAUGUGCCGCAAAAUGUGGCUGCCUACUAUCAGGAAUCAGGUCGCGCUGGACGCGAUGGCUUGCAGUCCUACUGCAGGUUAUACUACGCUCGUGAAGAUGUCAAGAGUAUACGUUUCCUGCUCCAGAACGAUGCCAACAGAGCGAGGGGUCGGGGUGAUAAGGAGCUGCUCACGGAGAGGGCUAUAAAACAGUUUGAAAAGAUCACCGAGUUUUGCGAGCGGACCACCUGCAGGCAUAAACUUUUUUCGGACUUCUUUGGGGAUCCUACUCCCGAUUGUAAUGGUCAAUGUGAUGUCUGCAAGCAUCCCAAGAAAGCGGAGAAGGCGCUGGAGAUGUUCCAUCGAUUGUGCAUGGAUGACACUUUUAAGUCGCACAUUUCGCUGCAGGACUGCGCAGAUCUUUAUGAAGGUGGUCGUCCUGGACAAAAACGUGCUGCCCAGGAGUACGCAGCUGGCGAGUCCGGUUCAGAUGACGAUUCCGGCCAGAGUCACUCCUCCAUGGCAAAGAAGGCCAAGAGGGAAUCUGAGGAUUUCAUAAAGCAGCAAUUCAAGCUAAGAAAACAAAUCAGCGCAGCUCGGCAGCUUGAGCAAGAAACUGCCGCCCAAAUCUCUCGCAUCCGACAGGCGGAAGCCACCGAAAAGAAAAUCGCCGGGCUUCAGUCCACCCAUCGGGAGAAAUAUCUCACAGCCAUUAUCGAUGCACUGAAAGCCAAUGUGGACAAGUGCAAAGAGGAGCCAGAGCAGCAGCCAAGAAGUGUACUAAAGUAUAAUGACUAUGAAGCGAUAGCAGUGGAUAUGGAAUAUGACGUGUUUCGCCAGAACAAGGUGGCAAAUAUGUACCGACAUGCCUUAGUUAAAGAGAUUUCCAUCAUUAAGCAACUGACAGGGAAGACGCAAUUGUUGCCUAUUUUGGCGGACUACGUUCCCAAGUCGGAAACGAGUUCGAAAGGCGUUUGGACCGGAGGAAGUGUGGCGUACUUCGAGCGCAAGCUGAAGGAACUGGAAGAACAGAGACCGCAAAGCCUCAAGGAAGUACCAAAAGCCUUAAAAGAAAGAAAAGGAUUCAAACAGGAAAACAGCAAGCAGACGUCGAUUUCCUCCUUCUUCAAAAAAGAGAUUAAAGAGGAACCAUCGGAAUCAUCUAACGAUGGAGAAGGUGUAGCUAUUAAAAAGGAACCAGAAGAAGGUCAAAUGGAAAUAGAAGAGAAUGAAACUGAGGAAGCUUCUGCCAAGCAUGUUAAGGACGAGCCAAUAGAUGAAGUAAGCACUGAUCCUGAACUGGAACUCCAGCCGGACAGCAUAAUUGGGGAAAGAAAAUUCAAACUGAUGUCCAAUGGCGAUGGCAGCUAUGACACCCACCGCAGAAAAAGAGUUUCACAUCAGCACCAACCCAAAGAGAAGGAGUCCAAAAAGACGACAACAAGCAUGCAGCAUCUUUUUGGAACCUUUAAAAGCGAAUCUGAAGAGGAGUUGGAACAACCAAUGGUUGGUUUCAAAACUGCUCGGCAAAUGCUCGAGGAAAAAGGUAAAAAAUUAGGCAGCAUGACAGAGGAAAUGGGUCUUAUGGACGAUGAGGAGCAAAAGUCCGAAAAUAAGUCUGAUUCUAUUGGAUUCAUUUCUGCCAGAGAAAUGUUGGAGAAAAACAAGGUUAAGAAUGAGGAAAAGAGGGAGAAAGUAAAUAACAAACAUGAAACACUAGGUUUUGUUUCAGCAAGAGAAAUGUUGGAAAUGAACAAACUUAAAGAAAAGAGUUUGGACAAAAACGAAGUCAAGGAAAAUAAAUUAGUAAGUAAGGAGACAAAGGAAGACGUUAAAAAGGAUUCUGAGAAAAAAACAGACCGUGAAAGAAAAUCUCACAAGGAAAAGCCAAAAGAGGCAAAAUCGGAGAUCAGGGAUUUAAAAUCUAGUAGGGUUGACCCCAAAGAAUCAGAAAAGCAUCCAAAAGAUAUGGUUUCCCGUGGAAAGGACCCCAAGGAAGCAUCCUCAGACUCAAAGAGAGAAAAGGGGCCAACCCCAUUAGACUCUUCAGCGCAGAAGAAGGAUGCGCGGGAAUCCGAAUCGAAGAGAAGUUCGCAUAAGGACGCCAAGCCUGAAAAGCACCAGCAAAAGAACGAUGUCAGCAAAAAUGUGGUGCAGUGGCUCAAUCCCUACUAUAAACGAAAAAUAGCCACCAAAGAACUUUUCAAAGCCCUGGCAAAAUUGCUCACUCAGCGCAUUUGCGAUGGAAGUUUGGGUGAUGGCGACGCAGGCAAGUGCUACAUCAAGGAGACCUUCCAUGGUCUGCAGAUGAUCAACAACGAUCAGGACAUUGAUAAAUACUUCAUCAAGUCCAAGUGACUUCAAAUAGCUCGUUCUGCCCGCCGCAUAAUUUCAUCACAACGCAUUGUUUCGCCUUGUUAACAGUUAAAGGAUCUUUUUUCGUUAAUGUUUCUACUUGUACAUAAUAAGACCCUAAAGUAUCAAUAACACAUAAAAUUAUAUUUUUUUUAUUCAUUCAACCGUUUCAGUAGAAAAUAGAAAGAUACUUUUUUUUAUUUGUGAAAA